AUGCUCCACUCUGAGGUGCAGGUGAUUCUGGUGGCUUUGCUCUCCUCUGGGCUGCUGGUCAGUGGCGCUCCACUCACGGACAUGCAGACGGGAAGACCGAGAGAAGAACUCACAAACGACAAGGCUCUCGCUCACUUGCUACUGUUGCAGUUUGUCUCUGAGCUGAUGGCGACGAGAGUAGAACAGAUGCUUCCCAAGCUGGAGGACGAUGAGGAGGAGGACGUGGAGACGGGAGGAAGAGUGGAGGUGAUGCGGCGGCACCUUGCCCUCUCCCAAAGAGAACGCAAAGCAGGCUGCCGCAACUUCUUCUGGAAGACGUUCACCUCGUGUUAA